AUGUCCGAGAUCACUCACCCCACUAUCAAGGAUGGCUGGUUCUCCGAGCAGUCGGAUAUGUGGCCCGGUCAGGCCAUGAACCUCAAGGUCAACCAGAUCCUGCACCACGAGAAGUCUGAUUACCAGGAUGUCCUUGUCUUCGAGAGCACCGACUACGGCACCGUUCUCGUUCUUGACAAUGUCAUCCAGUGCACCGAGCGGGACGAGUUCUCGUACCAGGAGAUGAUCACUCACCUGGCCAUGAACUCCCACCCCAACCCCAAGAAGGUUCUGGUCAUCGGUGGUGGAGAUGGUGGUGUCCUCCGUGAGGUUGUCAAGCACGAGUCCGUCGAGGAGGCCAUCCUGUGCGACAUUGACGAAGCUGUCAUCCGUGUCUCCAAGAAGUACCUUCCCGGCAUGAGCAUCGGCUUCCAGCACCCCAAUGUCAAGGUCCACAUUGGCGACGGCUUCCAGUUCCUCAAGGAGCGCAAGAACGAGUUCGACGUCAUCAUCACCGACAGCUCUGACCCUGAGGGUCCCGCCGAGAGCCUCUUCCAGAAGCCCUACUUUGAGCUCCUGCGCGAUGCUCUCCGUGACGGAGGUGUCAUCACCACACAAGCCGAGAACCAAUGGCUGCAUCUGUCUCUCAUCACCGACCUCAAGAAGGCCUGCAAGGAGGUCUUCCCCGUCGCCGAAUACGCCUACACCACAAUCCCCACCUACCCCUCCGGCCAGAUCGGCUUCAUGGUCUGCUGCAAGGACGCCAACCGCAACGUCCGCGAGCCCGUGCGCACCUGGUCCCGCGAGGAGGAGGAGCGUCUCUGCCGCUACUACAACCAGGACAUUCACCGGGCCAGCUUCGUUCUGCCCAACUUUGCCCGCAAGGCUCUGGAUGCGUGA